AUGGCCUCUACUACUCUUUUCCGCCUCGCGACGCGAUCCGUUCGCCCAGCAAGCUUCGCCAGAGCUUCGUACGCUCGGUCAGGCCUUUCCGCCCGUGUUGCUCCUUCGUCGCUCGCCAUUGCCAAUAACUUCACCACCUCUUCCAAGCUCCGCAGCGGUCAUGAGGAGGAGACCUACGAGGAAUUCUCUGCCAGAUAUGAGAAGGAAUUCGAUGCCGUUCAAGAUGUCUUCGAGCUCCAGCGCAACUUGAACAACGCUUUCGCCUACGAUCUCGUUCCCUCUGUUGAGGUUCUCUCUGCUGCUCUCCGAGCUGCUCGCCGAGUCAACGACUUCCCCACUGCCGUCCGAGUUUUCGAAGGCAUCCGCGCCAAGGUCGAGAACGAGGGUCAAUAUAAGCAAUAUCUCGAGGCGCUCGAGGGUCUCCGAACCGAGCUUGGUGUUUCCCUUCGCGAGGAACUCUACCCCAAGAACGAGUAG